UUCAAAUCCCUCCCAAAACCAGAAAGAAAAAAACAAACCAAAAGUUCCUCCUAUUCAAUUCCCAUGCCACAUUUCUGAUAGAAAAAUGGACAUAGAAUUGGCAAAGUGCGAGUGCUGUGGAUUGAAAGAAGACUGCACCCAAGCUUACAUUAGUGAGGUGAAAGAGAAAUUUGAUGGGAAAUGGUUGUGUGGGCUGUGCUCAGAGGCUGUUAGAGACGAGAUUAUCCGAGGAAACAACACUAGUCGUCAUAUGAUGUUCGUGGGAAUCGAAGACGCUGUCAAGGCUCACAUGUCUUUCUGUCGGAAGUACAAAUCCAAUAACCCUGCCACUCGGGUAGCUGACGGGAUGCGACAGAUGUUAAGGAGAAGGUCUUCUGAUGUCUCAGCUUCUUCUCCUUCUUCUUCUUCCAAGAAGUAUUCAAGAUCGGCAAGCAGUGCAUCUGCUUCAUCUCUUUCUUAUUGUUAACCGAGGAUGUGGUUGAGUGGAAAGGAGUCAAGGGACUAAUUCAUCCUUAACCAAACUUCAAAAGUUUGAUCUUAAUUUUGGGUAUGGAGCAGUCUUAAAUCUCUAGAAUAGCUGAGAUGAGUUGUUAUGUCCAACAAUAGAAACUCUAUCUCCUGUUACUAAAAUAAAAAAAAGAAGUUAUAUGUAUAUAGUCGCUUGAUUAUUGUGAAUUAUUUUUGUUUUUAA